AAUUAAUGUUUUAAAAAUAAAACAUUAUUAAUUUAUUAACAAAAUUGUUCAUUUUAAAAAAUGCAUUAUAGUUUUAUAAGCGAGGUUGUAUUUAUUGCAAACUGAAGUAUGAGGAAAUAAUUAUUUCAGUCACCUCGAGAAUUCUAACUCUGUGUGAAGUCCUACAAAAUGAGUUCAACAAAUAUUGCAGCAAUAGGAUUUCUAUCGCAGCCAGCAAAAUUGCCCAAAGAGUGGCAGCCAAGGCUUCAUGAAUGGAAAACUUACCACUGCAGUCAUCCAGAUGUAGCUAGAGCUGGGUGGAGGAAGUGGAGUGGAGAGCACCCUGAUUGGUACGCAUGGAGGUCGACCUCUCGUCACCCGGACUGGUUCAACAGGGAGACAGAUCGAAUAAGAAGAGCUGACUAUAAAAAUGUCAACUGGCACUGGGAAAGGCCAUCAAAACCAACUUCCAGAAAACUUGAUGAUUUCGUUCCCUACAACAAUGAGACCAUGAUGAAAGAUGUUCAAAGGCCAAUGCCCCACAACAAGGGUUUCACAGGCAACUGGGGCUACCCAGUUCCAUUUCCACAGGAGGUCCCGAACCCUAAAUGGGGUCUUUACAACCCCCCACAUUAUCAGGAGCCCACAAGGGUAAAUCAUUUCCCCCCUAUUCGUUAUGAUGGUCACCAACCAAGGAUGCAAUAGAUUUCUUUUUGUGUUUUUUUCUUCUGUUAGUUAAUCUUACACAAGCAAACAUACACUAGUAAAGCACUUAACACUGUUUCGAAUUUAAACCUGUUUAAACAUCCUGAUACAUUUUGAUAUAUUACAAACUGUUUUUAAAUGAAGUAAAUGGUCUUCUUAUAAUUUGAUUUCUAUAAAGAAUAAUUUUUUUAAUUAAAAAAAAGUAAUUAAAAAAUGUAAGCUUACUAACUAAAAAAAACUAUUUUUUAAGUAAUUAUUAUUUGUACAUUGUUAAAGAUGACAAUAAUUUUGGAAAGUGUAUUUGAAUAUUUGACUACUAAUGUUUUUAAGGAUUUAUCAUUUAUAAGCUUUAAUGGGCUGGAUUUAUUAAAAUCACUUAUAAAAACC